AGAAACAGAGAAACAACGGGAUCAGCGAUUAUGGUUGAAAUACAAAAGCCACAUUCGGCCCUUAAGCGGCCCUCGUUGAAACGGGAAACAGUUGUGGUAAACAAUAGUGCACCCACCAUCAAAAAGGUGACGCUGGUGCCCAAGGAUGAGGAACUGGUGGCCAUAUCGCCGGAGCGUCGCAAUUGGCGUGGCAUAUUCAUAGCCCUGCUUGUUAUCGCUGCCGUCUUCAGCCUGAUCAUCUUCUCCAUAUUCCUGCUGUCCCCGGAAGAUGAGGGACUCCGAAUCCGUGGUCGCCGAAUGUUGCCCAGCGACAUUCUCAGCAAAAGUUUGCAAUGGAAGCCGUUCAACGGCACCUGGAGCAAUGAUCACGAGUUAGUUUAUCGUGAUCCAACGGGCGGUCUGUCCAUACUGAAUAUGACAGACUAUACCACUCGCAUUCUGAUGACUAAUUCCACAUUUCGCCAACUGAAUGCUGAAACGUUUCUGGUGGCUCCGGAUCAGAAGUACGUGUUGCUGCAGUCGGACAGCAACGCUGAAGGCUCCAGACACCACGUGUAUGAGGUGCAAACGGCGAACACAUUUCCACUGGGACCAACGGAGAAUAUUGCCGAGGCGCCCCAUCUACAGCAUGUGGUUUGGGCCCCCAUCAAUCCACCUCCACCUCUAACUCCAACUGCAGCUGUUCCUGCCACAAGUGCAGCUGCAACUGCAAGCGCAACAGGUGCUGCACAGUCGACAAUGUCGCCACUGCCCAGCGGCAGCAUUAUAUUAAAUAGUCUGGCCGUGGCUGCGGCAGGCGGUGCCGGCAAACCGACGCCCACAACCGGAUCCGGAUCCGGAUCCGGAACCGGAACUGGUGCCGCAACUGGAGCUGCCACGGUGAAUGGCAGCGGACAGGCGAAUGCGAAUGGUGGCAAGUUGGCAGGGGCAUAUACUCUCAACCAGGCGAUCGCCUUCGUGCACCACAACGACAUCUACUACAAGCCCAAGGUGCAGGGUGAACUUGUCUGUCGCAUCACACAGACGGGCGCCGCUGGCGUCUUCUACAACGGUGUGCCCGACUGGACGUACGAGAAUGUCCCCGAGCUGGAGAGCAAGCGGAGCAGCAUCGUCUUCUCGCCGGACGGCCUCUUUCUAGCCUUCCUCAGCUUCAACGACAGCGACGUCAGCGAGUACAAAUACACAUGGAUGGGCGACAAUGUGAAGUAUCCGGCGGUGUUGAGUCAACGUUAUCCCAAGGCCGGUGCCCGCAAUCCGAAUGUGACUGUGAAUGUGGUCAAUCUAUCGGUGAUCAAGUACAUCUUUCCCACACAGAUCAAGCUGCCCGCCGAGCUGGGCAACGGCAGCUAUGUGGGCGGCCUGACUUGGGCAUCGCCCAUCGAUCUGUCCGUGACGGUGACGAGUCGCGACCAGACAAAGGCGACAACGGUGAUUUGCCGGGCACCACACUUCCACUGCCAGGUGGUGCACACCGAGGUGACCAUCAACGAUGGCUGGGUGCUGCCCGCUGAGCGUCCCAUCUUCUCUGCUCGCAUCGCUGCCCAGCUGCGCGGCAGCCUGUUGCGUCAGUUCCAGUUCCAACAGCAGGAGCCAAUGGCCAGCGAUCCCGGCAAGAAUGGAGUGGAUGCAACCACAACCACAACCACCACCGUUGAGAAUCCGGCGAAUGUUACAAAUGGCCAGACAACGUACGAGAUAACCAACGGUGGCUAUCUGCUGAAGCGUCUGCCCGUGCGGGAUGGCGAACAUGGUCAUUAUCGUCAUGUUGUGUUUAUUUCAUCGCUGGAUCGUCGACCGGUGCCGUUGACCAUGGGUCGUUUCGAGGUCACCGAAAUUGUGGGCUGGGAUGAAGCGCACGAGAUUGUUUACUUUAUGGCUGCUCCUGAGAAGCGGCCGGGCGAGCGCCACCUCUACAAGAUCAGCCUUAAACUAAACAUCACCGAAACGAAUCGCACGUACAUCACCUCGACGCAGCCCACCUGCCUCACCUGCGACAACACGGAGUCCACGUACCGCCUCCAUCGUGCCCGCAGCACCAAUGCAGCCGACUGGCAACGGGGCGGACGCUGGGAGGAUAUUGUUGCCAGACUGGAGCCGGAUGAUUGCAUCUAUGACAUACCCAAGAAUUGUCUGUACAAUCGGGUGCAGUUCAGUCGCGACUAUAGCUACUAUGUGCAGGAGUGCCUCGGCCCAGAGGCGCCCAGUGUCUAUCUGGUGCGCACGGCCAGCAACGAGAAGAUCUUUGUGCUCAAUGCCGGCGAUGUGUUGCGUCAUCGCCUCUCCCAGCUGGCCAUUCCCCAGAUGCGUACAUUUAGCGUGGAGAUCCGACAUGGCUUUCAUGCCCAGGUGCGACUCUUUCUGCCGCCGGGCAUGCGCGAGGAGGAGGAGGUCGCCUUUCCACUGGUGCUCCAUGUCGAUGCCUCGCCGGGAUCGCAGCUGGUCACGGAGCGUUUUCAUGUGGACUGGAAUUGGUAUCUGUGCAGCCAGCGCAGCUUUAUUGUUGCCCAGAUCGAUGGACGCGGCAGUGGCUAUCAGGGCGAACUGUUGCGCACCCAGGUCCAUGGCAAACUGGGCACCGUCGAGGUCGAGGAUCAGCUCGGUGUUCUCACCUAUUUGCGCGACAAUCUCAAGUUCAUUGAUCCGUUGCGCAUCUGCGCCUUUGGCUGGGGCUACGGUGGCUAUGCCGCAUCCAUGAUGCUCAUCGAUGAUUCCCAGCAGGUGCUCCAAUGCGCCAUCGCCAUCAAUCCCAUUGUCAGCUUUGGCUAUCACUAUUCGUUCUUCACGGAACGGUAUAUACCGUUGAAGGGUGACUAUCUGCGUGCAUUGCAAGAGGCCGAUCUCACUAUGAAGGCGGGCAACAUCAAGGGACGCAAUCUGAUGCUGAUGCACGGCACGGCGGACACGUUGGUGCAUCAGGAGCAUACGCUGAUGCUGGUGCGAGCACUUGUCGAUCAGCAGGUGAAGUUCCGCCAUCAGGUGUAUCCGGAUGAGGAUCAUGCGAUUGGCCGAUCUCUUAGCCAUGUGUACAAGACAAUGGAAUGGUAUUUCGAUGAGUGCUUCGGCCCCGUCGAUGAUAACGAAUGGGACCCAACGGGUCUGUUUGUGUUCAAACAAUAAUUAAGACCCCCCUACGAUCCUUACGACGAGGAUCCGUUGGCCAAUCAGCUCAUCGACAUCGAUGCCGAUCCCGGCGAGCGAUACAAUCAAACAAUGGCAACAACAACGCCCCUAUCCGCCCUCGAUGAGCUGGACAACCGGCUCCAAGCCCUCGAUCUAAUGUCCUCAUCCGCAAUCACAUUAAGCAAAGUGUCCAACAAGCUGUGCAACUACAGCAGCAAGCGCAAGUUGCAACAAACUGAGACGACGCUGGCCAAAAAGAUGCGCAUCUUGCAACAGUAGACUCAAUCUGUGUGUGAAUGAAUGAAUGAAUGAAUGAAUGAAUAAAUGAGUAUGUAUGUGAAUACCGAAUGAGUGGCAAGUAAGCUCACCAUUUUUUUUGUUGUUAACGUUUUUUUUUUUUUGUAUUUUUGGUGUAUU